AUGGAAGGGCCUUUAUCAAAAUGGACGAAUAUGGUUCACGGAUGGCAGUAUCGAUGGUUUCGCCUGGAAGAAGAUGCAUUGCUGUACUACACAUCUAGAGAAAAGAUGCUUAAAGGUCAACAACGAGGCUGUAUGCGUCUACACGGGGCCGUUGUAGGUAUAGACGGCGAGAAUAAUAGUCUUUUCACUGUAACCGUUGAUGGGAAGGUGUUCCACUUACAGGGUCGUGAUGAAAAGGAAAGGAAUCACUGGGUGCGUGCCCUAGAGAGUGUAAUCCGAGAAUGUGGAGGAUACCGAAAGACGCCGAAGAAUAGAGAGAGUAUUUCAGAAGUCCUCAAGCAAAAAGUUGUUGAAGCAGAUCGGCACCUCUCUGAUAUUAUACUACAGGUUGGAUGUUUAAAUUUUAGAACGCCUUCACCAAAAUAG